CCUGACGGGAGGGAGACCCCGAGGUCGGGACGCUUUGCAUGGAGCCGCGGCCAUGGAGACACAUCCUCGUCUGCCACCGACUUCUCCGUCGCGACCAUCACCAGCAGCGCCUCCAUCAUCGCCAUCGUCGUCACCGUCUUCAUCAUCUUCUCCAUCAUCGUCGUCAUCAACGACAACAACAAGAACAACAACAACAACAAAAGCACCUCCAUCAUCAUCAUCAACAUCAUCAUCAACAUCAUCGUCUCCAUCAAAAUCAUCGUCUCCAUCAAAAUCAUCGUCGUCAUCAUCACCAUCGGUGCCGCCGUCGACAUCAUGGCAGUACACCUGCUCAUCGUCAACAACAACAACAACAUCGUCGUCAUCACCCUUCCCGUCCACACCACCCCCGUCGGCCCUGCUGCUGCUGCUCGCCCUACUCGCCGUGUGGGCUUUGCUGUCGUCCGCCGCCGACGAGGUCCAACCCAGGACCACCACGAGCCCCAAACGGCGGCCCCAUCACCACCCCCGGCUUUCGCCAACAGCCGUGGCCGUGCGCUGGCCACCACGUUUCCAUCUCCUCCUCCACCUCCUCGUCGUCACCCACCUGGACCUCCUACUCCUCCUGCUCGCAACAACAACAACAAGAACAACAACCCAACCACUGGUCGACCUUCCCGCACAUCGUCCUCCAGCCAGGAGGCGAACACCUGCCGCGGUUACUACGACGCGAUGGACCAGUGGGACCCCCCAUUCAGCUGCAACAACAGCGGCAGCUACAGAUACUGCUGCGGCACGUGCAACGUGCGCUUCUGCUGCACGGAUCCACAGCAGCGGCUCCAUCAGGACGCGUGCGCCAACCACGUGACCCCCUCGCGGAGCCCCACGCCGAUAGCGGAGGAGCCCACGGAGAGCAACGUGGACGUCUCCACGGGGGUCGUCGUCCCGGCCGUGUGCGGAGUCAUCGCCGUGCUGCUGCUGAGCGGAGUGCUCGCCAAGAUGGGGCUCGACAAGGCUGCGGACGCGGCCAGGAACAUCAACUUGCCCAUGAGGACCGCUCUCGUGGCCGCGUUGCCGAGGAGGGGAGCUACCCGGGAGGAGGAAGCGGAGAGUCACUCUCUGCGUGGAAUCUCCCAGAGGGGCGGCUCGCUCCCGCGCUCCUUCAAGAACAACAUCGCAAAGCGUCUCACCACCGUGGAAGAGUCGGUGAAUGUAGCGUCCGUCUAG